UUGUUUAAUACUCAUUCAGACGUAAUUAAAGUUCUGUUACUUAUUUUACAGAGGAAUGUGCAUCAGAAAAUUAAUUAGAAUUAACAAUAAUUGCAGUUUUAACAGCUAGGUUUCUCGCCUUCACGUCAUCUUUGAUCAUAAAUAAUGUUACAGAUCUACCACGGACGACAUGUUAAGUUCGUGGAUCUACGAGUACACACAAUUCAUAAGUGCGUGGACUUCGAGAAGAGUUAUAUAAAAGGCAACAAAUUUUCAACAUUUGCCGAUGAAAUAAAAAUCAAAAAAGCAUUGUAAUAAUAAUAAAAGAACUAUAUUCAAAUAAAAUCAUAUGCAGCAACGAUCGAAUGUGAAGAAAUUUCACACUUGCGGGUGACUGUCGCCAAGGUCUGGUAUAUUUGUUCUGGAUCAUACAUUACUGCUGCUAAUGGAGCUAGAGAAAUUCAAGCAAAAACUUAAGGCCAGUUACGAACGCAUCAACCAAAUGCAGCAUUUUAUAUCCAAGGUUGAUGUAUGUAAGGCCACUUUGAAAAUGAAGAAAGAUGAAAUAAAUGAUCAUAUAGCAAGUAUGACCAUGGAGCUUUGGCAACAACUUCAGAAUUUUCAGCAAGAAAUAGAACUGGCAUUGACAAAAACUGUUGAGGACCGGUUAUCAAAGCUGGAGACCCUGAAGAACAGGAUUCAUAGUGCUAAUGCUCACUUGAUGCAGGUCUGCAUGGAUGCUGAAGGUCUGCUCAAGGGGAGAAGUGAGGAUCUGCUUGGCAAAGCUGUUCAGAAUGUAUACUCCAAAUUUGAGGAAACUUGGCAGCAGCUGGAUUAUGAAGAAGAAAAAGGUUUUGGAAACAUGACUGGCAUAGUUUUCUACAGCAAUGCCCACGAAUUUUUGACUAAAACUUACCUUGCAACUUUAAGUGAAGUUGACAAGUGUGGAAUGGUAUUGAGCAAGCAGGUGUUCUGGGUGAAAUCAAUGCAAUCUGAUGCUCCCAGUCAAAAAGCACCAGCUUAUGAUAAUUUGGAGAAAGCAGUAAAUUCUGCAACCAGUGUAAAAUUUGGAGAGGCAGAUGAUGUAUCCAAGGUUUUGAAAAAAAUUCCAAACAUCAGUAAAAACACAGGUCCACGUAAGCAUCAGCAUGUUGGUGCUACUAAAAAUCUACCUUCUUGUGUGCGUAUUUGUGCAGUGGACCUUUGCCCAGAAGAGGUAGACAUAACGCAUGGUAAUUCUGAACAAAUAAAGAAAGUAGUCACUAUAGACUCAAGAUUUUCACCAAACAUUCCAGAAAACAAGUGUGGAGAAUGCAUGGUGGGAGAAGUUUACAAAAAGUUGCAGAAAUCUUCAAGCUCUGAAGGGUCACAUGCCAGUUCUGAUGAUUCAUCAAUUAAUUCAUUCAAGUGCUUUCUUGAACAGUCAGAAACAGACUUUACUGUAGAUAUGUCUAAUGUAUCUUCCACCAAAUCAAACACAGCUGUUCAUUCGUUUGCUAUACCUUCUCCAGAAUCAACGUUAAAUGUUUCUAGUAAUGCAAAUCCUACAGAAAUUUAUCACACAGAGACAGACUUACAGAUAUGUGAUUCCUCUGAGUUGGAAGAAGAUUUUGUGUGGGUUUCAGAUGAGGAUGAAUUUUCUGACAAACGGCUGAUGGGUUUGGAGAACUCUUCAUUUUUCAAUGAUUCAAAUAGUCAAAGUAAACUUGCAGAGGAAAAUAGGAAGAAACUGCCAGCACCUGCACCGGACACAAAUAUUUUUGUUGGUUGCCCUGCAACAUCUUCAAAAGAGUUGAAGGAGAGCCAGGAACAAGAGCACGACAGUGUAUCAAAAGGAAGACUGGCUUCAAAGGUUGUGGUUUUCUCAAGACUACAAUCGGAUGCUCUGUCAAGUUCUUUUCCUAGAUCCAUUAACGUAUCUUACGAAAGGCUGGACAUGCGAUCCCACAUGGUGCAUGUUGGAAAAGGAUACUUCGAAGUUUAUGCCAAGUGUGUUCAGAAGAUAUGUGGCAGCUUCUAUUUUCCCAUUGGUGUCUGUACCAACAGCACUGGAGCUGUAAUAGUGGCUGAUACUGGGAACAAUAAAAUGAAAAUAUACCAGAAUGGUCACAUCACAAAUUCUUUUGGACAAAGGUUGAACAGACCAUCAGCAGUGGUAGUAAACAAAAAGGAUGAGAUUUUUGUGAAGGAUUUUUGCUGCAUACAUCACUUUGACCCACAGGGCAGUUUUAUAAAAACUAUAGGAAAUAAGAAGAUGCACAUCCCUUACGGGUUGGGAAUGACACAUGAUGAGCAGCUGGUUGUUCUAGAUACUCUUUGGCAGAACCCCCGCAUUCUGAUCUUCACAGAGGAUGGUCAAAUGUCCUCACAUUCAUACCAGCCACUUCUCAAUCCACCUCAAAGCUCAAAAUGCCGCUUUCUGGCUGUUCACCAGGGAGAGGUUCUUACCAGCGACCUGGGAUCAAGUUGUUUGUAUAUGACAAGCCUAAAGGGAGAACUACACAGAAUUCUUGGACGCAAGGGGUCUGGACCAGGUGAGCUGUUUGAGCCUUCUGGAAUUGCCUGUGAUGAUGCUGGCAAUUGGAUUGUGGCAGACAGUAAAAAUGACAGGAUACAGGUAUUUGCACCUAAUGGAUAUUAUUUAUGUAAAAUUCAACUUUCGGAGCCAAUCCGCCGUCCUUCAGGUAUUCAUCUUACAGCAGAAGGCCACCUUUAUGUGAUCAAUUAUCUGGAUGGUAUCAUCAAAGUUUUCAAACUUGGUUGAUUCCAGAAGCAAAAAUACAAACUAUUGACAUAAAAGUCUUACCCAGGAAGUACUGGCAUAUUUUGGGAUCAUCUUUAUGCCCUAGAACUUGUCACGAGUUUGAUGCUUUGUCAUAUCCUGUAAGUGCUGUUUACAGGAAUUAACAAUAUGUUCAUGACUGAGAAUCUUCUUGUUAUGUUUUGAUUGCAAAUUUAUUAUCUAACUUGCUUUAGGUUUUUCUGUUUGUUUGUUUUGUUUUUCUUUGUUUUUUUUUUUAACUUAAAGAAAAGAAAUUACAUUUUUUAAAAGCAGUUGUGAACAUUUUGUAUGCAUUUCUGCAUAGAAUCUCAUACAAGACAAAUUUGGAUUGUGAAUACUUCCUCACUGCUCUUAUAAUUCAAUUUCAAAAUGUUGAUUUGAUUUGGGGGGUGGUGUGCGCUGAAAUACCCAUGCCCCUGUUUUUGUUUGGGUUUCUUCUUUUAUUUUUUUUUUUGGGGGG